AUGUCGGAAGAUUCUAAGGUACAAACAUCAACAGCUCCUACUUCAAAGCCACCAAGCUCUGCUGUAUUCUCCAUGUUUGGUGGUAAGAAGGCAGAUAAAAAAGAGGAAGCUGCUGAAAGCGCAGAACAGAACAAAGGCGAAGGGGAAGAACCGAAAGAGUCCAAGAAGGAUGAAGAGGAAGCUCCAGAAUCCCCAGAUGUGCAUUUUGAACCAGUAGUGACGUUGGAGAAAGUUGAUGUCAAGACAAUGGAAGAAGACGAGCAGGUCUUGUUCAAGGUUAGAGCCAAGCUUUUUAGAUUUGAUUCCGAGAACAAAGAGUGGAAGGAAAGGGGCACUGGUGAUGUGAAGUUUCUUCAGAACAAAGAGAGUAAAAAGGUUAGGCUAUUGAUGAGAAGAGAUAAAACGUUGAAAGUGUGUGCCAACCACAUUAUUUCACCUGAUUACGUGUUGAAGCCCAACGUGGGUUCAGAUAGAUCUUGGGUUUACUCUUGUACGGCCGAUGUCGCUGAAGGUGGGCCUGAAGCUUUCACAUUUGCCAUCAGAUUCGGGAACAAAGAAAAUGCCGAUAAAUUCAAGGAAGAGUUCGAGAAAGCCCAGACCUCUAACAAAUGA